AUGUCUACCACACUCAUUACUAGCCGUCGACAACGAGAAAUCACUACUUCUACUUCAUCGCGAAGAACGCCCGCCACAUCCACUUCGUCGCAACGAGCGUCGACAACUUCUACCACACAGCGAAAGCCAUCCGCAACUCCCACCUCCUUACGUGUAGCUUCGUCGUCACCAACCGCACUACCUACCAACUUAGCAUCAGACUUCUCUUUUAUUCAACUUGAGACCAAUCCUGUCCCCAGCGCAACCAACUCAAUCGAUCAGCCAAGUCUUAUCGACACAAGUGUUGGGGCCAGCGAAACAUGCUCAACAGAUAGCAACUGCACAAAGGACCAAACGUGUUCGAGCUCAAGAUGCGUUGCUUUGAACGGUGCUGCGCCGCUUGGCGGAUCGGGUCCAGAGCCAACUUCGCAACUGACACCAGGCUCAGCUAUCGGUAUCGGCGUAGGAGUUGUCGGAUUGGUCGUAUUAAUGGUAGCGCUCGGUUACUGGUUCUGGAGGAUUCGAGCAAGACGGCCACGCCCUCAAACCAUUGAAGAGCCCUCAAACGAUCUUCGAAGGUGUGCGACGAAUGCAACGGAUCAAAGAACACUGGUGGCCUCAUUACCAAACAGUCCCCAGAACGCAGCCUUCAGUCAACAACAAACCAUGGCCCCGGAGCUUUUCGCCAGAGCUCUUGCGUUUAACGACACAAAGGAGAAAGCGGGCAGCAAGAGAUCGGAUUCAUUGGAUAAGAAGUCGCGGAUCUCAACGGAGAAAGCACUGCCACCUCGCCCGACUCCUCAUCCGCUGAUGUCAAAUCCUCUUCCACCUCCGCCCACGGAACCGAAGCGAUAUGCCGUCAACGUCAACAUCAACAAGAGCAUGAUUUUCGACGAUGAGAUGAUCAACGCUGUCAGUUCACUUCGAGGUAACGAUACUCCCCGCAGUAGUGGUACGCCUCGUGAUCGUAAGCCACAAUAUAAGUUCGAGGAAUACAUCCCUCCUACCGCGAAACCUCCGCCAGUCAUCAUCUCGCAGCCAACGCCGACCACGGAGAAGCGAAACUCUGAGUAUGAAUUGAGCCAGUUUCCGAACCGAAGGAACUCCGCGGAUACCGUCUCGAUAGCCGACGACAACAGCUCGAAGGGGGGUGAUUCAGAACCCCCAUCUCCCAUUGUCGAGACUCUUUCUAGACUGGAAAGCAAGGCCCCGCAACUACCAUUGCCUGACCUGCCGCCCCCAAGUCCAAGCUUCAGCUUCCGUUCCUACGACUGGUACCAAGACAUCAUAGGCGAUCAGCCAAAUGGCGAGCCGACGACACCAACGCUGCCUUCGCGUAACCCUGCACGUACACCAACACAAUCCACAUUCCCUAAACCACUAUCUCUUCCUCCAAAGAAUUCCAAGCCCGCCGACCUGGCCAAUCUGGACUCGAGUCUUAUUCCAGCACCACUUUCACCUGCUGCACCUCCUGCUGCUUCAGGUUUGCUUUUGCACCCAAGCUCAGCGGCCUUACCCAGUCCCACGAGCCCCAACUUUCGUUUAUCACCAACUGUUUAUACACCGCCGUCGCGACAAUCACCACCUAUACCACCAACAGCACCGCUUCGAAGCUCGGCACGAGCCUCUACACAAAGCAUCAUGACCCGUGCUACGCGCGAUUCUCGAAGCUGGCUACCAGAUGAUGGACUCUAUCUUGCUGAAGAGGGCGACGAGUAUGCCGAAUACAAAACUUACCAUCGGCCCAGCGAGGACAGCAGACCGACAAGCUAUUCACCUCUAACUUGA